ACCUAACAUCUAUAACGUGUAUUGGUAGAAUAACACAUAGAUGUCCUAAUAUUACUGAUCCAUAACCUGUUUGGUACCUAUGACCCUACCCCUAUAAAAAAAAUGGCAAAACUUAAAAAAAAAAAAAAAGAAAGAAAAGGAUUUCUUUAUUUAUUUUUUGUCAUGACAUUUGACAAAAUGACCCAACAAUAAUGGUUUCUGUAAUUCCCAUAGGAAACAAUAUUAGCUUGAUUUCAUUUUAUUUCUAUGGUAAUUACAUAAUGCAGUUAUUUAUUUCUUAAUCUAAUAGAUAUUACGCCUAAUUAUAUACAAUCUGAUAUAUUCUGAUGUAAUAUACAUUAUUACACCUUUUAAUUUAUUACUCUGCACUGUUUAAACAGCAUUAUUUCAUUCGGUUAUCACGUAAACAUAAUUAUGUAAUAGCAUAAGAAUCUGCACUUAUGGCACAAUGUGACAUUAUUCCAUCAGCUAACAAUAAGCAUUGUGAGACUGCUGAUAAAAGGCUUUUAUUUUGCCUGUAUGUGUUGAUGGGGGCUGAUCGCUGCAGUGUUGAUUGAUCCGGACAUUCAUUCAUCUGAUUUGAGCUCCGCUGAUUUAAACCUGCUCCCUGACGUAACUUUCACAUUUAUUUAUUUAUUUAUUUCGCAACGACAUCGAGGCUACAUUUUCUUCUGGCUCCUAAUAUGACCGCCUCGGUGCCGAGCAGUCACCAGGGGGCAUGCACAUAGUAAUAAUAAUAAUAAUGCAUUUCAGGAAAGCCUGCUACGACGAGCCUCCAUCGUUUGCACCACACGGCCGUGGUGUGAUGGAGAUGUGCGCUUAGCUUCAUGUGUCCGGCGGGUCUGCCCCUGGCUUUUUUUCUGGGGAAGAUCAUAUUGGAUCAUAUUGUUUGCAGGACGUUGUUCCUCCUGCAGCCCCCCCAGUCUAUCCCGACGUAGUUGUGAAUUGAACAUGGCGACUGUACCAGUAUAUUGCAUCUGCAGAUUACCUUACGACGUGACCCAGUUUAUGAUCGAGUGCGAUGCUUGCAAGGACUGGUUCCACGGCAGCUGUGUUGGGGUGGAUGAAGAUGACGCUCCAGAUAUUGACAUAUAUCACUGUCCAAACUGCGAGAAGACCCACGGCAAAUCCACAUUGAAAAAGAAAAAGAACUGGAGCAAACAUGACACGGGGCAAAGCACAGACAUCAAAGCUGUUCAGAACGGCAGCCAGGUUUUCAUAAAGGAGCUUCGCAGUCGGACCUUUCCAAGUGCUGAUGACAUAGUGGUGAAGCUCGCCGGCACUCAGCUGACCAUGGAGUACCUGGAGGAGGUCGGCUUCAACGAGCCCAUCCUGGUUCCGAAGAAGGACGGCCUGGGCAUUUCCAUGCCUGCUCCCACCUUCUACAUCAGUGAUGUGGAGAACUAUGUUGGUCCUGAUGUCGGUGUGGACGUGGUUGACGUCACCAAACAGACAGACAGCAAGAUGAAGCUCAAAGAGUUUGUCGAUUAUUACUACAGCACAAACAGAAAGAAAGUGUUAAAUGUCAUCAACCUGGAGUUCUCUGAUGCAAGGAUGAACAGUAUAGUGGAGAGUCCACAGAUUGUGCGGCGGUUGUCUUGGGUAGAAAACUACUGGCCUGAUGACGCUCUGCUCGGGAAGCCAAAAGUCACCAAAUACUGUCUCAUCUGUGUCAAAGACAGCUACACAGACUUCCACAUCGAGUGCGCUGGCGCCUCCGUCUGGUACCACGUCCUAAAGGGAGAAAAGAUCUUUUUCCUCAUCAAGCCCACCUCUGCCAACCUGUCUCUGUACGAGCGCUGGAGGUCAUCGUCCAAUCACAGCGAAAUGUUCUUUGCUGACCAGGUGGACAAGUGUUACAAAUGUACUCUGAAGCAAGGGCAGACUCUGUUCAUCCCAUCAGGUUGGAUCAAUGCAAUACUGACUCCGGUCGACUGCCUGGCGUUCUCUGGACACUUCGUCCACAACCUGAGUGUGGAGAUGCAGAUGAGAGCGUACGAAAUCGAGAAGCGGCUAAAGGUCAAAACUCUCACCCCCUUCCCCAACUUUGAGACAGCGUGCUGGUAUGUGGGAAGACAUCUCCUCGAGCGAUUCAAAGGUUUACAUAAAGCAAAUAAGCAACCAGCCCCAUACCUGAUACAUGGUGCCAAAAUCAUCAAUGGAGCCUUCAGAGCUUGGACUAAGAAACAGGCCCUCUUGGAACAUGAAGAUGAGCUUCCAGAGAACAUGAAACCAUCACAGCUCAUUAAGGAUCUUGCCAAAGAGAUCAGACUGUCAGAGAAUGCAACGAAAGCCAUUAAGAGCGAGCCCAGCAUUAAGGUACCUGUGGAGGAGCCCCCAUCCACCCACUCCGAGCCUGAGGAGCCCGUUUCCCCGGCCCAUGUCCCCUCACCCAGCAGAGAGAAAGCCAGAAAGAAAGCCUCCAAACCCCCAAAACCUCCCAAGCCUCCCAAACCCCCAAAGAUGCCCAAGGCCCCCAAGCCUCCAAAGGUGCCGAAGGUCAAGGAAGGAGGGAAGAAGAAAGCGAAGAAAGCGAAAGAGUCGUCACCGCCUCCUAAACCCUCCAGCUUCGCAGCUCUCGAGUCCCAUGCAAAAGACAUCUUGAGUAAAAUGGACCAGCCGAAAAAGACGAAGGCUGUUAAGAAUGUCCUGAGUAUGUCAGAGAAGGAGAUCACAAAGCAGAACAACGUGGAGAAGUUUGAAAUCAGAGAGCAGAAUAAAAACAAGACUGAAGCAAAAUGGAAGUAUAAGAACAGUAAACCAGAUUCUCUGCUGAAAAUGGAGGAAGAGUGCAGAUUUGACAGAACACCGCUGUCUGGCAAUAAAGACCGAUUCAGCUUUACUAUGUCUCACAAGAAAAUGCUUGGCUCCAAGACGCUGAAACCUCAGACCAACUCAAGUGUUUUCGGAUCAUUACAAAACCUAAAAGAGGACAAAACCAAGCCAGUGAGAGACGAGUACGAGUACGUCUCAGAUGAGGGGGAGCUGAAGAUUGACGAAUUCCCCAUCAGGCGGAAAAAGAACACCGUCAAGAGAGAUCUGUCCUUUUUGUCAGACAUCAAAGAACCUAUUCAGCCAGCCAAGAAACCAAAGUUCCAACCCUUGGUGACAAAGAGUGUGGACUCCUCAGACGAAGAGACACUGCACAUCGACACAGAGGCCAAGCCCGAGGGCAAAAGUCGCAACUCUAAGGUCAAGAAAAAGGGCGGCAGCGCAGCGGGGAUCCUUGACCUGCUGCAGGCCAGCAAGCAAGUGGGAGGGAUUGACUACAGCACCAACAGUCAGCCACCUGCAUCUCCCAGCACACAGGAGGCCAUUCAGGGCAUGCUGUCCAUGGCCAACCUGUCGUCUUCAGACAGCUUGCAGCAGCCGUGGAGCAACAGCCAGUCCAAAAACAAUAGCCAGUCGAAGAGCAACUCGCACAGCACGCAGGCCGGCAAGAAGGCCAGCGGAGGAGGAAGCGGCGGAGGCGGCGGCAGCAACAACAGCAAGCGGCCCACCAAACGGCUCCCGAAGAAACCCAGGAAAAGCAGCAGCAUCGAGAGUCUGGAUUACGAUGACGACCAGGACCACAUGGACGCGUGUUUCAAGGACUCCGAUUAUGUGUACCCCUCGUUGGAGUCUGAAGAGGAUAACCCUGUUUUCAAAUCCAGAUCGAAAAAAAGGAAAAGCAGUGACGACACUCCGUACAGCCCGACAGCCCGUGUAGGACCCUCAGUUCCUCGGCAGGAGCGGCCGGCGAGAGACGGAGCCCGAGUGGCCUCCAUAGAAACAGGCCUGGCCGCAGCUGCAGCAAAGCUAUCCCAUCAGGAGGAGCAGCAGAAAACUAAGAAGAAGAAGAAAAGCACCAAAAAGAAGGCAAUAGUAAUUGAGGAGCCCCCGAAAAUCUCUCAGGACAGUAGCUCGCCGGAGCACAAUCUGGACUCCCAGGAUGGCAGCCUGACAGACCACGAGUUCAACACUGGAACAGUCAAGUCGCCGGGAGGGCCACAGCCCAUGGCGCCGGGGGUUUUUCUUAGCCAGAGGCGACCGUCAAUGUCUUCUCCCAACAACAGCACCAACUCCACGAGCACCAACAGCAGCAGCGUGGCGAAGGGGGAUCGUGUGGUGUCAGCAGACGCCAAAGCUAAGCGGCUAAAGAAAGGCAUGGCAACAGCCAAACAGAGACUUGGAAAGAUUUUAAAGAUCCAUCGAAAUGGAAAGCUCCUCCUGUAGCAUGCAGCAGACUGCUGUCGGACUGGGAAUUCAUGAGCUGGGUCCCAUCCCAACCUCACCCCCUGUUCACUGAUUAAAGCCAACAAUGGAGAAAAAAGAAAAAAAAAGAAAAAAAGAAAGAAAAUCAUGCAUUUUUCAAUUUCUAAGAAGAACAUCACUCAAAUAGGUUUUUGCCUCUACUUAUACUUUAUAACUUUCAGAUAUUAAAGUGUACAGAACCUACUAUAAAUAUUUUUUAAGAGAACAUGUCUCAUUUUACUACAGCUGUCAGUUUAUCAGGGGUUGCUAAAACAUGAAGUAGAAGUACAUUGCAGUCAUUCCAAGAUUUUUGAAAGUAUCCCUUGCAUGUAUUCAGUUGCAUGUGCGCUUGGGUCAGGGUUCGGGGAUUUUACACGUUAAUUCCUACUAUAUGGAUGCAGCUUAUCAUUCAGCCACACUGAUGAUCAACGGGUGGAAACGGAAAAACCAGCUCCUUUCUUCCCUCCCAGAUUCUCCGUGUACAGCGGAGCGAUUGGAGUCAACUCAAGCAUUUAUCUCUUUAUGUUAACACUUAACAUUUGCAGAGCACUAUCAGCGGUGAUAUUUAUUUAUUGGUGUCGAGGCGUAGAUAGGAAGCGGGACUGAAAGGAACAACUGUAAAGCACAAAGUGAAUCGUGGAUACGGCUGUGUAUGAAACAGCAGCAGUGAGGCGAACAUAGGACGAAGUGGCAAACAUGAAAAUCAUAGGAUUUCUGACACUACGUGGGACCUGUGGCUCAUGAUAAGCCUCAUCCAUGUCAGGUUUGCAGUUACAUGGGGAUACUUUCUCUCUUCUUUUGCUUUCACAGGCAGCACCGACUCAUCUCUGCGUUUUUACGGCUUCACACAGUUCAGUAUAUAGAAUGUAGCUUGUACAUAGCCUUUUAAAUUACUACUUUUUGUAUCCUUUCCCCUUAAGGCUUAAUUCUACAUUUUUACUGGUUUUGCUAAUUAUGAAUAAAUGAAUAAAAAUAUAUAUAUGAAUAUACAGUAUAGUCCUGAUUUCUGAACUUUUUUUUUUUAACAGCAGAGAUUUUUUUGUUUGUUUGUUUUUUUGCGUUAGAUUUUAAGGUGUUGCCUGGAAAGCAACUGAAGAAAUAAUACAUUUUAUUGUCAUAUGGCCUUACAUACACAAAGCUAAUUGUAUUGUGAUUCUGUUUGAACAAGAGACGAAGCUUUGAGGAAAAAUGAUAUAAAAGGAAAAAAAAAAACACUUAAAGUUUCUAUGACCAGCCUCUUGUUCGAGUUCUAGUAUCCUGAAGGGUUUCGGAAUUAUUUUACUAGCACCUUGUGAAGUGUUUAUGUGUCAGUGAUGUAAUUUAUUAAUGUUUGUAGCUUUUUUAUACUUGUACAAUUCUUAAGAGUUUUUGUUUUUGAAUAUUUCAUCGACUUGUGAAAAUUACCCUUAGCAGACGAUUAUUGUUUUCCCCUGUUUUGUUUUUAUUUUUUGUUGGUUUUUUUUGGAUGUGUGUGUGUUUGGGGGACAUCACAAACAUUUUACACACUAGAAUAUACGUUAGCAAUUUUUUUUAUUUUUUUUUUUAUCUCCAUCCUGUCUUCACUCAAUGUCAAUGUUAUCAUGGAAAACAUUUCCAGCCUGACAUGUUAUUAUUGUUAUUAUUAUUAUUAUUAUUGUUAAUAUUAUAGUUAUAAGCAGCUGCGUCCACGCCUCCAUCACACCCUUUUAUUUUGGUCCGGACAUUUUGAACGUUUAAUGAGCUAUACUCUAUAGCAGCAGUGUUUUAGUCACAGAUGUAAACCAUGCGUCCACUUCUCAGAGAUGAGAUGCGCUCCGAUCAAACUGUCAGUGGGACAUAUUUUCAGGUUUUUAUUUGUACAAUAUGUGUAUUGCUUUGUUGUGGUUUAUUUUUGUAUGUCCGACCUAUUAAAUGCAUCCACUGUGCCAGGACAGUGAAUGAUACCUGUUGUAGCUGUCUUCCCUUACUGUUAUUUGCAGUACUAGUAAGUAUUUACAAUCCUUUUUGACCUGAAUCUAUAUUUUUCUGUAUUUAGACGAUUCUGUUUGAGAUCAUGGCUCACUUUUUUAAGACAUCGAGAAAUGGCAAACUCCGAGGAACAAGCAUAUUGUUGUUGAAUGAUAUGAUUGUCCGCCUUGUUUACUUUUGCAAUACAGUUACUGUGGAAAACCUCCUUUGUAAUGUGUUCCUCUCCCACUCGCUAUGUGACAGCUUCUGUGGUGACGACUAAACAUGUUUUUCCUGCU